GAAGCCUGCCUGCGAGAGGGGUGGUGACCGCUGCCCGGUCCCAUUGUCCCGAUGCCCAGCGCCAACCAAAGCCGCAAGAGUCGGGAGAAGCCGCGGGAGAUCAUGGAUGCGGCGGAAGAUCAUGCUAAAGAAAGAUAUGGAGUAUCUUCAAUGAUGCAAUCACAAGAAAAACCAGAUCGAGUUUUGGUUCGGGUUAGUGACUUGACAGUACACAAAGCUGAUGAAGUUGUUUGGGUGCGUGCAAGGGUUCAUGCAAGUAGAGCUAAAGGGAAGCAGUGUUUCUUAGUCCUACGUCAGCAGCAGUUUAAUGUCCAGGCACUCGUGGCGGUGGGAGACCAUGCAAGCAAGCAGAUGGUUAAAUUUGCUGCCAACAUUAACAAAGAGAGCAUCGUAGAUGUAGAAGGUGUAGUGAGAAAAGUGAAUCAGAAUGGAAGCUGUACACAGCAAGACGUAGAGUUACAUGUUCAAAAGAUUUAUGUGAUCAGUUUGGCUGAACCCCGCCUGCCCCUGCAGCUGGAUGAUGCUAUCCGGCCUGAGGUGGAAGGAGAAGAGGAAGGAAGAGCUACUGUUAACCAGGAUACAAGAUUAGACAACAGAGUCAUUGAUCUUAGGACAUCAACUAGUCAGGCAGUCUUCUGUCUCCAGUCUGGCAUCUGCCAUCUUUUCAGAGAAACUUUAAUUCACAAGGGUUUUAUGGAGAUCCAAACUCCUAAAAUUAUCUCAGCUGCCAGUGAAGGAGGCAAUGUAUUUACUGUGUCAUAUUUUAAAAAUAAUGCAUACCUGGCCCAGUCCCCACAGCUGUACAAGCAAAUGUGUAUUUGUGCUGAUUUUGAGAAGGUUUUCUGUAUUGGACCAGUAUUCAGAGCUGAAGACUCAAACACCCACAGACAUCUAACUGAAUUUGUUGGUUUGGACAUUGAAGUGGCUUUUAAUUACCAUUACCAUGAAGUUGUGGAAGAAAUUGCUGACACCUUAGUACAAAUAUUCAAAGGACUCCAAAAAAGGUUUCAAACUGAAAUUCAGACAGUGAAUAAACAAUUCCCGUGUGAGCCAUUCAAAUUUUUGGAGCCAACUUUAAGACUCGAGUAUUGUGAAGCAUUGGCUAUGCUUAGGGAAGCUGGAAUCGAAAUGGGAGAUGGAGAAGAUCUGAGUACACCAACUGAAAAACUCUUGGGUCGUUUGGUAAAGGAAAAGUAUGAUACAGACUUUUAUAUUCUUGAUAAAUAUCCAUUGGCUGUAAGACCUUUCUAUACCGUGCCUGACCCAAGAAAUCCUAAACAGUCCAACUCUUAGUUCAUGAGAGGAGAAGAAAUACUAUCAGGAGCUCAAAGAACACAUGAUCCUCAGCUGCUAACAGAGCAAGCCUUACAUCAUGGAAUUGAUGUGGAGAGAAUUAAGGCAUACAUUGAUUCCUUCCGCUUUGGAGCUCAUGCUGGCGGAGGCAUUGGGUUGGAACGAGUGACGAUGCUUUUUUUGGGAUUGCACAAUGUUCGUCAGACCUCAAUGUUUCCCCGUGAUCCCAAACGACUCACUCCUUAAAGAAAGCUAUGCUUUCUUUAUUCUUUCCAGUAACGUGCUAUUGAUCAGGCUAUCCUUAGUUACUUAAAAUAUGCAAUGGAGUAAAUGUCUUCUCUAAAAUGCCACAGUUACUUUGGAUUAAUUCACUAUAGGUUACUUUAAAAGAGAAGAUUUUUAUAACUUUGGACAUGCUUCAGUAGGAAAUGGUUGAACAUUUUAAUGAAAAACUG